AUGGACAAGCCAGCCCUCUCCAGUAAUUGGAAGAAGCUACAGGCGACUCUCAAGAAGGAUACUCCUGUCAAGCCCAAGACCGACGGUGAUGACAUUGUGAGGAAACGCAAGUUGACAGAGAAGCAAAAGCCAUACCGAGACAACAAACCAACCUCCAAGCGCAAGAGAAUGUCUGAAACAGAUGAUUCAUCUACUCCAUAUACGCGAAGAAAAUCCAAUGCAGCAGCUCCAGUGCAGACAGAAACAAGUUCUCGUCACAAGGAAAAUGAAGGUCGUUCGGCGACUGCUGAACUAGGAAAGUAUAUCGCAAUGGAUUGUGAAAUGGUGGGCGUGGGACCCAACCCGGACAACGACUCGGCACUCGCACGCGUCAGUGUAGUCAACUUCAACGGCGACCAAAUAUACGAUUCAUAUGUACGGCCAAAGGAAAUGGUUACAGACUGGCGUACGCAUGUGAGCGGAAUCGCCCCGAAACACAUGGUCGAAGCACGAACCCUCGAGCACGUUCAGAAAGAAAUCGCAGAGAUAAUGAGCGGCCGCAUCCUUGUAGGCCAUGCCGUCAGCAAUGAUCUGGAUGCUCUUCUGCUCAGUCACCCUAAGCGCGAUAUCCGAGACACGAGCAAGCACCCACCCUACCGGAAAAUUGCGGGUGGUGGAUCACCACGCUUGAAGAUGUUGGCUGAGGAGUUCUUGGGAUUGAAGAUUCAGGACGGAGCGCAUUCCAGUGUUGAGGAUGCGAGAGCUACUAUGGCCCUGUAUCGGCGCGAGAAGGAUGCGUUUGAACGCGAGCAUUUGAAGAAGUGGCCUGCACGAAUGAUCGCCGAUACCAGGGAGAAGGGAGAGGGAGGAGAAAAGAAAAAGAAGAAGAAGAAGAAGACCAAUCGCAAGCGGUGA